CCAAUCCCUGGAAUAAUAUAUUAAAUCGUUUUGUGUAUUCACGUAAACGUAGAAACGUUGAAUUUAAUAAUCAGCAUGCAAGAAGUAGUUUGUUAUCCUCCAACACGUCUUCCUCGAUUGCCAAUCCUUUAAAUUCUUCCAAUUUAAUACAAAUGGAAGAAUCCGGGGUAGCAUCUAGCACCACCACCACCACCAACACAUCAUUCACCAAUGUAUUGCAUGAAAAUAAUAAUAAUAAUCAGGAUAUGGUUGUGCAUGAAACGGAUUACUCAAAAGUAUCUAACCUCAAAAAUGAAAAAUCGAACGAUCAUUUGGGAAUCCUUGAAAAUACACAGUUAUAUACAACUGUGAUUCCUGAUGGAACAAUUGUCACUGACGACUUGUCAUCAUUCGAUAUUGUUGCUGCUAAUCAUUCGCAUAACUAUACCACAAAUGUUAAUAACGAAUUAGUAACCGCUAAAUCUACGGUGUCUACCGAUUCUGAUUCUUCUUAUUCUUCUUCCACUAUAUCUGAAAAAUCUUCCUUAUCACAAAUCGAGGGAAAAGAUUUAAACGAUGAAUCUUAUUCAAUUUCACCUAAGCAGAAUGAUGAAACGAAUAACAACGAGAACAAUACGAGUAUUGAAAAUAAUCAAGAAGAUUUUCUACAAGUACCACCGAUAAUACAUGAAAAUGUAAUAUCAAUGAACGUUGAAAAUUUGUUGGACGAUAAUAUGGUAUCUGUAAUGUUAGAAAAUAGUACUGUAAUGUUUAAAGGUAAGGUAGAUUCAAGUAUUGGCAGUAGUACUAUACUUUCUGACACCGUUGCUACCCCAGGAAAUCGAUCGUCUAAAGUAAAUAGCUUUAGCACGGAUAUGGGCAACGAUCUUGAAGAAUACGUAGGUGUUGAAAGUAGUAGUAGUGCUUCUCUAGAGUUAUCUACUACUACUACUACUAUUACUCCUAGUAGUAUCAUAGAUAUAGAAGAAGAAAACGAGAACGGCACAGAAACGUCCUCGAUUCGAGCCAACGAUUUUAAUUGGAACGAGACGAGUACUACUACUAUUAAAGAAGAAGAAGAAGAAGAAGCAGAAGAAGAAGAAGAAGUAACAGAAAAAAAUACAAAAAAUGAGAUCACUCUAAUCGAUCGAACUAACGAACGUGAGAAUAGUUCGAUUGUAUUAAAACCUCAUUCGUUGUUUAUGGAAAUGAAUAAAAAUAAUUUUAACGAAUCUGAUGAUAAUAAUAAUAAUAAUAAUAAUAAUCAAGAAAAAGAACAUCCUAAUGUUUCCAGCGUUGUUAAAGAGACACGAGAAUUGUUUCAUGAAGAUUCAUCGUCAUCCUCAUCUUCAUCGUCAUAUUCUUCCUCCGAAUUUAUUGAAAGUCCUGUUGAACCGAUCAAAGAAAAAUCUGAAGAACUUCAACGUGAUUAUCCGAUACCGAUUUAUACUUACGGACAAGAUGAGGUUGAGAUAGUUAAAUUAAAUCAAAAUUCUAAACCCGAUAACAAUAUUAAAAAUACAAAAACAAUGUACAAAUCAAUAGACAACGUCGAUAGGACAACUGACAUAUUAAAUAACGAAGUAAGAACAUUGAACAAGGAUCAUCAUCGAUCAUUGGAUCGUCAGAAGGAUGAUCUACAAAUUAUCAUGCGUGAGGGUAGCGAUGAAGAAUUUUUGCGCAAAUUUGAGGAACAAUUUUACAAAGAGGAAUCAUCUGAAAUAACUGAACAAGAUAAAUCUAAAGAACAAGAACAACAGGUUCAUGAAGAAGUAAAAAGAAAAGAAGAUAACAAUAAUAAUAAGAUGCAUGAAAAUUCGCAUGAUUCAUCAAACAAUGCUUUCAAUUCGAACACAAAGCUUCCGAUAGUUCAGCACGUGCAGAUAAUCGAAGUACCGGUUGAACGCGAUCAUCGUUCAUCGUCAUCAUCAUCGUCAUCCUCAUCAUCAUCGUCAUCGAACCAUCGAGUACUCGUAAACGUGACCAUAGCAAACGGAGACUCAUCAUCGGGUGCUUCUCAACCUCUCUACGUGCUUUCGGUUUCCGUGCCAAUGGAAAUCGAACCUGAAAAUCAUUCGGUAAAUGUUAACCAAGUUAAAAAAACAUCACCGAUCAACUCACAAACUGAUAAUAACAAUAACAAUAAUAAUAAUAAUAAUAACAAAAUAAUAGAAAAUAUCGUUAACGUAGUCGAACCAAUCAACAUUGUUCAUCUACCACCCCCACCACAACCGCCAACAUCACCCCCACCACCAAUUUGGGGUGGCGGUGAAUGUGAAUGUUCUUGUCCUUGCAUGGACUCAUCGUCUGACGAAUGGGACAAUUUUUCAGCCAUCGACGAUACUAAUCUCAUCUUCGAGCAGGAUUUUGAUCAACAGGAGAAAAAGGACAAUUCCAGUUCAAACGAUGUUACAUCCAAUAAUGAUAAUGAUAUCAAAAAUGAUUGGGUGGAGAUGAAUAAUGAAAGGAUUGACAAUUUGACGACACGUUUUAAAGAAACUACUGUAGAUAGUACAACCAUAAGUUUAGAAGAUUAUUAUACAGAGGAGGACACGGAAUCUACGAGCGAGUCCUCCUCAACUUCAGAACCAGAAACAACUAGCAACGAUGUUGUCACGUGUUCUACAACCACUACACUACCCCCAGAGCCUAUUAUAUUAAUUCUAGAAGGUGCAAGAACAUUUCCUGCAAGGUCGUUCCCACCAGAUGGUACUACUUUUGCACAAGUUGGACUUGGUCAAAAGCUUAGCAAAGAAAUUCAACCAUACAGCUAUUGGAAUAUGCAAUUUUAUCAAUCGGAAGCUGCCUAUGUUCGUUUUGACUAUAACAUACCACGUGGUGCUAGUAUUGGUGUCUAUGCAAGAAGAAACGCAUUACCAACGCACACGCAAUACGACCUACUUGAAGUACUAAGUGGAUUCAAAGCCCGGACCACCAGGGCGUCACAUCCGUCAAUAAAGAAAGAAGUGACUCAUUAUAUGGAACCUGGUCACUGGUUUCUUUCAUUGUACAACGACGAUGGUGACCCACAAGAAGUUUCCUUCAUCGCUGUGAUAGCCGAAGAUAUGACGCAUAAUUGUCCUAAUGGUUGCAGCGGUAAAGGUGAAUGUCUUCUUGGUCAUUGCCAAUGUAAUCCUGGUUUUGGUGGUGAAGAUUGCAGUGAAAGCGUUUGUCCAGUACUUUGCAGUCAACGAGGUGAAUACAUAAACGGCGAGUGUCAGUGUAACCCUGGUUGGAAAGGGAAAGAGUGUUCCCUUAGGCACGACGAAUGUGAGGUACCAGAUUGCAACGGUCACGGACAUUGCACCAACGGAAAAUGCAAUUGCGUUCGCGGUUACAAAGGGAAGUUCUGCGAGGAGGUGGAUUGUCCACAUCCGACGUGCUCGGGUCAUGGUUUCUGCGCCGAGGGAACGUGUAUUUGUAAGAAGGGAUGGAAGGGCGCAGAUUGUAGCCAGAUGGAUAAGGAAGCCCUACAGUGUCUACCAGAUUGUAGCGGCCAUGGAAACUUCGAUUUAGAAACUCAAACUUGUUUAUGCGAGCCUAUGUGGUCUGGUGAUGAUUGUUCUAAAGAAUUAUGCGAUUUGGAUUGCGGUCCUCAUGGUCAUUGCGUAGACAACGCCUGCGAUUGUUUGCCCGGUUGGUCAGGUGAACUUUGCAAUUUGAAACAAUGCGAUCCACGUUGCAACGAACACGGACAGUGCAAAAAUGGCACGUGUUUAUGCGUAACUGGUUGGAACGGUAUACAUUGUACGAUGGAAGCGUGUCCAAAUGCCUGUUCAAAUCAUGGACAGUGCAGGGUCACCUAUUAUGGUCAAUGGGAGUGCCGUUGUUACGAUGGUUGGGAUGGCAAGGAUUGCAGUGUUCCUCUUGAACAAAAUUGUGACGACGGACGAGACAAUGACAAAGACGGUCUCGUUGAUUGUGCCGAUCCUGAGUGCUGUUCGAAUCAUCUAUGCCGAAAUAGUCAGCUUUGCGUGUCGGCACCACAACCGAUCGAUAUACUUCUACGAAAGCAACCACCGGCAGUAACUGCAUCCUUCUUCGAAAGGAUGAAAUUUCUAAUAGACGAGGGCAGUUUACAAAACUAUGCUCGUCAAGAAACAUUCAACGAGAGUAUGUUCUGGAAUCACUUCAACACAAGUCGGUCUGCAGUAAUACGUGGUCGAGUUGUCACGCACCUUGGUACGGCACUAAUGGGAGUACGCGUUAGCACGAGUACACCCUUGGAAGGGUUUACCUUGACGAGAGACGACGGUUGGUUCGAUUUACUGGUGAACGGGGGUGGUGCAGUGACCUUGCAGUUUGGCAGGUCACCUUUCAGGGCUCAGAGUCAUAUUGUCUUUGUCCCAUGGAAUGAGAUUGUAAUAAUUGACAAAAUAGUCAUGACUACGGCUGAAGAAAAACCAUCGGUUCACGUACCCCACGCAUGCGCGGCUCACGAUUACGAUUUGAUGAAACCAUUAGUGUUGGCUACGUGGAAACAAGGUUUUCAGGGUUCCUGUCCUGAUAAAAGCGCCAUCUUAACUGAAUACCAAGCAAUACAGGAAAGUUUACAAAUACCUGGAACCGGUUUAAAUCUUGUAUAUCACAGUUCGAGAGUGGGAGGUUAUUUAUCGACGAUACAAGUCCAAUUGACACCGGAAACUAUACCACCUACGCUAAGUCUAGUACAUCUGAGAAUCUCGAUCGAAGGUAUCCUUUACGAGAGGACAUUCGAGGCUGAUCCUGUGAUCAAGUAUACUUAUCCAUGGAAUCGAUUGAACGUUUAUCGUCAACGCGUUUAUGGCGUUACCACUGCCAUGGUUAAGGUUGGUUACGAGUACAGCGAUUGCAAAGACAUCAUUUGGGAUGUUCAAACCACUAAAAUUAGCGGCCACGACAUGGCAAUAUCCGACGUUGGCGGUUGGAAUUUAGAUAUUCAUCACAGAUAUAAUUUCCAUGAGGGUAUUUUACAAAAGGGUGAUGGUUCCAACAUAUAUUUGAAGCACAAACCUAGGGUCAUUCUUACUACCAUGGGGGAUGGCCAUCAGAGACCUUUGGAUUGUUACGAUUGCGACGGGGAAGCUUGGAAACAACGUUUACUCGCACCGGUUGCACUUGCAACUGCACCGGACGGUUCCAUUUACGUCGGUGACUUUAAUUUGGUUAGGAAAAUCUUGAUAGAUGGAACUGUCAAGACCGUACUUAGAUUAAAUGCUACAAGAGUCUCUUAUCGAUACCACAUAGCUAUAAGUCCCCUGGAUGGUUACGUAUACGUUUCGGAUCCAGAAUCUCAUCAGAUACUUCGUAUACGUGAUACUAACGAUUACUCUGAUCCAGAUCACAAUUGGGAUACAGUUGUUGGAUCCGGUGAACGUUGUCUUCCAGGUGACGAAGCACAUUGCGGUGAUAGUGCAUUGGCUAGAGACGCAAAAUUGGCUUAUCCAAAAGGUGUGGCUGUAUCGAUUGACAACAUUCUUUACUUUGCCGAUGGUACAAAUAUCCGAAUGGUUGAUAGAGAUGGAAUAAUAAGUACGGUGAUAGGUAAUCACAUGCACAAAUCACAAUGGAAACCGAUUCCUUGCGAGGGUACUUUAAACGUCGAGGAGGUUCAUUUACGCUGGCCAACGGAAUUAGCCAUCAAUCCACUUGACAAUUCUUUGCACAUGGUCGAUGAUCACAUGGUACUUCAAUUGGCUCCUGAUGGUCGUGUCAGAGUUGUAGCUGGUCGUCCGUUACAUUGUGCAUCACCUUUGUCAUCUUUUGACACGGAAUUAGCCACUCAUGCCACUUUGGUGAUGCCUCAGAGUAUAGCGUUCAGCCCAUCUGGAGAUCUCUACAUAGCUGAGAGCGAUUCUCAACGUAUAAAUCGUGUCAGAGUGAUUGGUACGGAUGGCAAGAUUUCACCGUACGCUGGUGCCGAAUCGAAAUGCAAUUGUCUCGAACGUGGUUGCGAUUGUUUCGAAACCGAUCAUUAUCUGGCAUCCACUUCUAAAUUCAACACCAUAUCGUCUAUCGCUGUUUCACCCGAUGGUGUCGUACAUAUCGGCGAUCAGGCUAAUUAUAGGAUACGAUCGGUCACGGCAAGCAUACCUGAUGCCAGUGAGGCUAGGGAAUAUGAAAUUUAUUCCCCAGAUACUCAAGAGAUCUACGUGUUCAAUAGAUUCGGUCAACACAUCUCUACGAAAAAUAUUUUAACCGGUGAAACGGUAUAUCUUUUCACUUACAACGUCAACAGCAGUAAUGGCAAACUCAGUACCGUCACGGAUGCGACUGGAAAUAAAGUCUUCCUUUUACGCGACUACAGUAAUCAAGUAACUUCCAUUGAAAAUACCAAAGGACAAAAGUGUAGAUUAAGAAUGACUAGGAUGUGGAUGUUACACGAGUUCAGUACACCGGAUAAUUAUAACGUAACGUUCAAUUACCACGGUCCAGCUGGACUUCUAGCCAACAAGCUUGACAGUACUGGACGCGGUUAUGUAUACGAUUAUGAUGAAUUUGGUAGAUUGACAAGUGUUGUUACACCGACCGGUAAAAUGACCAGUCUAACCUUUGAUCUUAGUCUUAAAGGAGCUAUCGUUAAAAUAGGACAAAACAAUAAGAAACCUGUUUCGAUGUUGAUCAAAGGUUCUUCAGUCGUUACGAAGGUUGGCGAAGCUGAACAAAGAACAACAGUACUUCCCGAUGGUUCCGUCAGAAUGGUUACACCAUGGGCUCAUACUGUUAGCACAGAUACAAUUCCUUAUUCGGUUUUAGCCGAAAUCGAACCACUUUUUGGCGAAAGUUAUCCCAUAUUGGCUAAACAAAGAACUGAAAUUGCCGGUGAUUUGGCUAACAGAUUCGAAUGGCGUUAUUUCUUGAGAAAAAUACCUGGUAGCAGGAGUCGAAACAGAGCAGUUGCACAAGUUGGUCGUAAACUUCGUGUCAACGGUGAAAUCUUACUCUCAUUCGAAUACGAGAGAGAGACCAAUACCGUUGCCGUAUUCAUGGAUGAUCGAGUCGAACUAUUAAACAUAACCUACGAUAGAACUUCCCGACCAUUAAAGUGGGGUCCUUCAGAUGACGUUUUUGCUGGAGUUGAAUUAGAAUAUGAUCGAUUUAGCAGACUAACCAGUUGGACUUGGGGUGACAUUACCGAAACUUAUGGUUUUGACAGAGCUGGCAGAUUAUACGAAAUUAAAUACAGCGACGGUACUUCUAUGGUUUAUGCUUUCAAAGAUAUGUUCAGUAGUUUACCAUUAAAAAUUACAACACCACGUGGAAGUGAUUAUUUGUUGCAAUACGACGAAGCUGGUGCACUUCAAUCUCUUACAACACCAAGAGGACACAUUCAUGCAUUUUCGCUUCAAACAUCUCUCGGAUUUUACAAGUACCAAUAUUAUUCACCUAUGAAUAGACACCCCUAUGAAAUUUUAUACAACGAUGAUGGACAAAUACUUGCCAAGGUUUACCCGCAUCAAAGUGGUAAAGUGGCAUACGUUUACGAUCAUACAGGAAAAUUGGAAACCACUUUAGCAGGUUUAUCAUCGAUACAUUACACAUAUCAAGAAACAACGAGUCUAGUUCGUAGCAUUGACAUCAACGAGCCUAAUUUCGAGAUGCGUAUUGAAUAUAAGUAUCACGCGGGAAUAGUCAAAGAUGAGAAAAUCAAAUUUGGAAGUAAAAGUGGUAUGGACAAUGCUCAUUAUCGUUAUCAAUACGAUGGUAAUGCUCGUAUAUCUGGAAUAGAGGUUGACAUCAAUGGAAAACAACUACCCCAAUUGCGAUUGAAAUACAAUCAAAAUCUCGGUGUAUUGGAAGGAGUUGGUGAUCUAAGAAUUUAUAGAAAUGUAUUUAACAGAUCUGUCAUGCAAGAUAGUAGCAAACAAUUUUUCACCGUCACCGAUUAUGACGAUCACGGUCGAAUUAAAACAGUUCUUAUGAACAUCAGAUCAUUGGACGUAUUCAGAAUGGAAUUGGAAUAUGAUAAUAGAAAUCGUAUUAAAAUGAGAAAAUUGAUGAUCGGUAAGGAAUCGUUGGAAAAGAAGGAAUGGUCCAGAAUGGAUAAGAUCACGUACAACGCUGAUAGUCACGUACUCGAAGUAGCAGACACGGAUAACAAUUGGCAAUAUGCUUACGAUGAGAACGGUAAUAUCGUUGGUGUUACUGAACACAAUGAAAAGAUUGUCUUGGGUUAUGACAGCGGUGAUCGAGUAGUUCAAUAUGGUGACGUUGAAUUCAAUUCGUACGAUGCUCGAGGAUUCGUUGUUAUUCGAGGAGAACACAAAUACAGGUACAACUCGAGGGGUCAAUUGAUUCACGCAUCGGAACAUAAGAAAUUCCAGAUCUGGUACUUCUACGAUGAUCGUGGUAGGCUGGUAUCUUGGAACGACGACAGGGAAAACAUAACUCAAUUCUUUUAUGCUAAUCCAAAAACACCGGAUUUGAUAACUCACGUACAUUUCCCGAAAUCAUCGAAGACAUUCCGAUUCCUCUACGAUCAAAGAGAUUUCUUGAUAACAGUUGAAACAUCCGAGCAAAGGUUUUACGUAGCAACUGAUCAAAAUGGCUCACCUUUAGCACUGUUCGACACCAAUGGAAAUCUCAUCAAGGAAAUGCGUCGUACACCGUUCGGGAAGAUCAUCAAGGAUACCAAUCCAGAUUUUUACUUGCCGAUCGAUUUCCAUGGUGGAUUAUUCGAUCCCAAUACUAAAUUGAUUUACCUGAACAAAAGACUGUACGAUCCAACCGUAGGACAAUGGAUGACAGCUGCAUGGGAACAAAUGGCCAACGAGUUGACAACCCCAACGGAUAUCUUCAUCUAUCGUUUCCGUAAUAACGAUCCCAUCAAUUUCAAACAGAACAUCGAAUACAUGACAGAUUUAUCAAGUUGGCUUAAACUCUAUGGUUAUGAUAUAUCUUCGAUGUUGGGUUCCGAAUACACGAAACAAAUGGUUUAUCAACCUAGCGCUACAAUAACUUCGCCACAAUUAACACCGGACUUUGGUGUAAUGUCAGGAUUACAAUGCAUCGUCAAUCGUGUACACGAAAAGUUCUCAGAUUUAGGUUUCGUACCAAAACCAUUAUUAAAAUUGGAACCCAAAACUAGGAAUCUUUUGCCACGUGUAGCACACCGUCGUGCAGUAUUUGGUGAAGGAAUCUUAGUAUCUAGAAUAGGUGGUAGAGCAUUGGUUAGCGUAGUGGAUGGUGUUAACACGGUAGUACAAGACGUUGUAACGUCAGUUUUCAACAAUUCUUAUUUCUUACCUUUACACUUCAGCGUUCACGAUCAGGACGUGUUUUAUUUCGUCAAAGACAAUGCAUUGAAGAUACGAGACGACAUGGAAGAACUUCAACGAUUAGGUGGAAUGUUCAACGUGUCAACACACGAAACAACAGAACACGGUGCAGGAACUUGGAAAGAACUGAGAUUGCACAAUCCCGAUGCUGCAGUUGUCAUUAAAUACGGUGCCGAUCCUGAACAAGAAAGACACAGGAUAUUAAAACACGCUCACAAACGUGCAGUUGAAAGAGCAUGGGAAAUAGAAAAGCAAUUAGUUAUGGCAGGUUUUCAAGGUAGAGGUGAUUGGUCGAAAGAAGAAAAGGAUGAGCUUUUGAAUCGUGGUACUGUAGAUGGUUACGAAGGUGUCGACAUUCACAGUGUACACAGGUAUCCACAAUUGGCCGAUGAUCCUGGCAACGUUGCCUUCACUCGGGAUACCAAAAGGAAAAGACGAAAGAGCGGCAACAGACGUAGCAGAAGUCACAGACACGAUUCAUGAUUCGAAAGGACUACGAGUGUUCGGGAAAUCCUUUGGAACUUGAUUCGCGUGCCAGCGUGAAUCUAAAUGAUUAUUAUUAUUAUUAUUAAAUUUCUUUUUUUUCUAAUUUUUUUUUUUUCUAUUAUUCUCAAAUAUGAGAUUUCAAAUAGUGUGUGUGGUGGCAAAUUAAUGAAAAUAGAUUAUAAUGUUAAUACUACUAUUAUUAUUAAUACUCGAGAUGAUAUUUUAUCUAUCUCGCUAUCUCUUCUCAACGCACUCGAACUUAGAAGAGGAGGUGGAGGAGGAGGAGGAGGAGGUGGAGGUGGAAGUGAAAGAAAAAAAUGCAAAUAAAAAAUAUGAACGAUAGUGAAUAGAGAUUAAUUUUUGAACGAAUCGAAAUGAAAAUGGGAUUUAAGGAUUAUUUAUUAUAAUCCUUUACUUAUCCCCACCCUCAACCCCCAGAAAAAAAAAA